UUGCUGCAUGUAAGUGCUUCAGAUAACGACUUAGAUAAUUGGUUGAAUUUCUUAUCGAAGCAGAGCCAAGAUGUUUCAACGGCAUCUGAGGAAACAAGUCCAGACUUAACGCCUACUGUUGUAUCGUCGAAUACUGAGAGAACGUGUAAAAUACACAAACAAGAUGAUGGAGUAUGCACCAAUACAAAUCACUGCGACGUAAAACCAGAUGCUACAAAAUCAUUUACAUUAAGGGAGAAAGCUACGUGUAAUAAUUCUGAGGUAUGCUGUCCAAGAAAUAAGACUAGAACUGUUUCAACAAUGCAGCCGAUACCUUUAAACGGAUGUGGCUUGAGCAACCCUGGGUCGAUACCGUACCAAAAGCCUGCAGACCCUGGAUUCGCAGCAUUCGGGGAGUUCCCGUGGAUGAUAGCAGUCAUCAAAAGGAUGAGUGGUAUCAGAGUUUUUGACGACAAAUACGCAGCGGGAGGAGCUCUGAUACAUCCCAGCGUUGUAAUUACAGCAGCCCAUAAGGUCAAGGACUAUGAACCACAAGAGUUGAUGGCUCGAGCUGGUGAAUACGACACUCGUUCCACAUCAGAAAUCUUCUCUCACCAAGAGAGAGGUGUCAGAAAAAUUGUACCACAUCAACAAUUCUUCGAGGUUCAUGUCCACUACGACGUUUCGCUUCUCAUAUUAUCGGCUCCAUUUGAUCUGAUGGACGGUCCCCACAUCGGGAUCGCGUGUUUAGCAUCACGUCUUCCUCCCCCCGGAACUAUAUGCUACAGCAUGGGCUGGGGGCAAGAUUUCCUGAACCAGGACAAAAACUCCGUCAUUCUGAAGAAGGUGGAAGUGCCAUUAGUGGAUUCAUCUUUAUGCGAGCAUCAGUAUAAGAAUACUAAGCUUGGCUCCCAGUUCCGUCUCCAUAAGACCUUAACAUGCGCGGGAGGUAUUGAAGGCGUGGAUACGUGCAAGGGAGAUGGAGGCAGUCCUCUCGUGUGCCAGAUACCGAAUACCCAGAGGUUCCAGGUGGUGGGUCUCGUGGCUUACGGCCUGGGAUGUGGCACGACACUUCCAGGUGUUUAUGUGAAGAUACCAGAACUAUUCGACUGGGUCGGCGAACAACUCACCUGGGCAAAAUUCAAUAGAACCUCUUUCGAAUACACGCCGUAG